AUGCAGAUUCACAACCCCUUCGGCCCUCCUGUUCCGGUCCCUCCCCCUCCACUGCCUGCCGCGUCGUUGUACACGUCCCUCAUCCCCGGCCCCUUCAUCCUACUCCUUCUCCUUCCCUCGAUUCCGCUCUUGCUCUUCUCGAUCGGCGCCCGACCGCCAGAUACAUCCGCCCUGCCCUUCAGUAUGACCGAGGUCUUCACCACCGCAGCAUUCGUCAGUAUCGCGGGAGGCGUGGUGCUUGGACUGGUCGUCUGGCCCGAGAUGGGCAAGGAUUUUGGCGGAUGGCUCGGCGCGAGUAGCGGGGCUGUGGCGCAGGGACGCGGAACCGGCGGGAGGUCGGGAUGGUGGACGAUGAUACGGUCUGGGAUGGGUGGGAAGGCGCGCUCGGCAGGUCAGGGAUAUAUGGCGCAAUCCUCUUCCCAGGCGGGUCAGGCGCAGUAUCAGCAAGCUGUCGGAGUUGGGCGUAGGGUUGCUUCGGCAGCGAAGAUACCUAAGACGCAAGCUGGACGUGCCGCUGCAAGACUGUACGCUAUCCGAUCAAAGUUUAUUCAUCUUUACAGUCCUGCUCGAGUCCACACGCCCACCGCACUCGGCAUCAUCGUCCUCCUCCUCGCCGUCCUUGUCGUCGUCGCUGGUAACCUCAUCAGGGGGAUAUACGAGCUCGACGGGACGUCACCCCCGUCCUCAAGCCAAUCAAGAAGCGGCGGGAGCGGCAGACCCGAGACAGGGAGGGACGGCUCGGAACUCACCCCAUGGGUCAUGUCGGAAAUCAAGAAACGGCAGUCCGAGCUCAAGGCGGGCAAGACGCCGGACCAGACGCUCGCUCGGUUCAAGAAGGAGGCAGAGGGGGAGAAGAAGCAGAUGAGAGGGAAGUUGGAACAUCUGGGUGCGGUCAAGGGGAAGGAGUAUCAGGCGAAGAAGGAGAAGGAGCGGGCGGGAGAGUUGAAGAUGUUGCUGAAAAGAUUGGAGAAGCUGGGGUUGACGACGAUAGGCGUGGAGGGCGCGGAUGUCGUGAAUGCUAAGGUGCCGGGCAGUGAGAAGAAGAAGGCGACAGGCGGAGAGGAAGCGGGAGACGACAGUGGGAGCAAGGAGUCAGGCGAAUACGGAGACGGCGGAGCGGGAAGUGAGAAGAGGAAGUGGAUUUCGUGGUACAAGAGGAGCGGGGACAAGCCGGUCAAGGAGAAGGAGAGCGUACCCUUCAGCGAGAAGUUCAAGAAGGCGCUGAUCCCCGUUCCUCUGAGUUCGGUCACCGCCACCAGUGGCUUGACGAGGGAAUCAGCGAGGAGGGAUCGCGAGUUGCUCAUGGCGGGUGGGGGACCGCCGGUGCCAGCCAGAGGUCCAGGUUGGGAGGUGGCUGAUACCCCGGCGGCUGGAGCGGCUUUGGCGCAAAGUGCGAGCAAUGCGGAGUCUCUGGCAGCGAGGAUGAAGGCUGGGGGUUAG